AUAUAGACAAAUAAUGGAACGAAAUAUAAGAUUUAGAUUCCCUCUUGAUUGAAAAAUUAAUAAAAAAUGGAAAAAAUAAACCUACAUUAAUAUAAUAUAGAUCAAUAGGUCCUAUAAUAUCAGAAAUUUAAAGAUUCAUAGGUAUAAAGGCUCCAAACGGAAGUGGAAAAACCUUAACUUAUGUGAUUCCUGCAUUAUAAUUUGCUUUAUAGAACUUAUCUAAGCCAGCUACAAAAAUCGAAUAAUAUAUUGAGAAAGAGAAAAAUAUUCAGGAGAAAAUAUAUAUACCGACAGUAAUAGUAAUAGCAGAUACAAUAAAUUUAAUUUAAUAAAUUCGAGUUGAAAUCUAAUAAUUAGCUCCUGAAGUAAAAAAAGAAAAAAUUAAAAAUCUAUAAAUAUAUUUAUAUAAUUAGGGAAUAUUUGUAGAUUCAUUACAUUCAGGUGAAUAAGUAAAAUUAUAAGGAUAAAUUUUAGUUUCUACACCAGAUUUAUUAUAGAAAUAUUUACUAUCAGACAAAAAGAUAAUGACUGAUAAUUUAAAAUAUUUUGUUAUUGAUGAAGCUGAUACUACAUUUAAAUUUUUUCCUGAAAAAAUCCGAACUUUAAUUAACUUUAUAAAAUUAAGAGAAAACGUAAUAAUGUAGCUUGUUUCUGCUACUCUAAAUAAAGAAACUAUUAAUGAAUUUACAAAGAUUAUUAAAUCAAAAGAAAAAUUCUAAAGUUUAGAAAAUAAAUAAUAAGAAGAUGAAGACGAUGAAAAUGAAGAUGAAGAUGAUGAUGAUGAAAUACAUUUUAUUAGUAUAGAAACUACUUUGGAAGGCGUUUAUUAAUUCUAUAUAGAUGAAGAUGAGGAAGAAAUAAAAGAAUAAAACAAAGAUCAAGAAGUUACUGAAGAUUCUAGGCUUGAUUUCAGAAAAGGUAAUUUCGAUCUACUUUUUGCUACUAAUAUUAUCGCUCAUGGAAUAGAUAUAAGAACAGUUGGUUUAGUUAUUAAUUUAGAUUGUCCUCUAGGGAAUAUCAAAGAGAGAAAUUUUGAAGUUGAUCAUGAAACUUAUCUACAUAGGGUAGGAAGAACGGGAAGAUAUAAUGAUUUAGGGGUAGGUAUUACUUUAGUGGAUAAAAACUCAAUUGGGAUUGUGUAAAAAGUUAAAUAAGUCUUUAAUUAGGAUAUUCUUAAGUUUGAUGAAAAGGUUGUUGUUUAAAGAUUAAAUGAAGUUAUUGAAAAUAACAAUAAAUAAAUUCUGAAAUGA